UGCCGUCAUGGUUUUAGCCAAUCGAUCCAUGAAAUCUGCAUCUCCAGAUCACUUCCUGCAUCCUGGGACAGGAAAAUUGCUCCCAAUAGCUGGGAAUGUUGGCUUUGAUCCUGUCAAAUCCAAGCUGAUCCCCAUGGUUGAUUUAGUAUCUGGAGAAAUUCAACAUCAUUUGGACCUCCCAAUCUUCUCCUUUGUUCCGUAUCCUAUUUGUCCUGAAACUGGCCUUCCAGGAAAGAUGAACUUACCUGUUCUGCAACCUGAGAAAGUAUUUAAGUUUGGAGGCCUGAUGCAAGAUCCAGUUACUGGAAUGGAAGUGCCAAUUCUUGCCAUCACUGCUCAUCCCCAAACCGGCCAAUGGCUGACCUUGGGUGGGACAUACCUGAAUCCUCUCACAGGGAUGGUGACCCCCCUCGAAAUCGGGGGGCCCAUGAAAGCACCAGAAAGUGGGAAAACCGUUCCCAUCCUUGGUGUCAGUUUGGACAGUAAUACAGGACUCGUUGUUCCACUAGGAGGAUUACAAGGUCCUUCUGGAGACCUCCUGCUUCCUGGAGAUCCCUUUGUGGAGCCCUUGAGUGGCAAGAUGGCUCGCAUGCAGGGCCUCUCCCUUCGGCAGGACAAAGUAGUCCCUCAUGCAGGGGGCUACCAGGUACUGUUGGAAGCCAACGUUCUCAUCGCCCAGACCCUCGUGGUGAAAGCUCUGCAGGAAUAUAAAGACUCCAUCGGCAAGGAUUUAAGGUCAACAGGUACUUUGCCAAAAAGUCUCGAUGGGCCAGAAGAAGUCAUGAAAACAGCACUGGCCCACAAGCUUGAUUAUUUGAUGUACCAGCUACAGAACCUGGAGAAGCAACGAGACGGUGCUUCCAGGGUCAAGAGAACGGGUGGAAAGCUGGGAAUGAUCAAGUAUCUCAACACAGAAUUUUGGAUCUCUGCUGUGUUUGGGAUGAAAAUUCCAGACCCUGGAAGUUCGGAAUUGAUGGUUCCAAUCCUUGGUGUAGAAUGUGAUUGGAAAACGGGUCAGCCGAUACCAUUAGCUGGGGUGACAGAAGAUGCUGACGGAAAAGGCCUGGUUCCCAUCACAAUAGGCUUCAAAGCCAUUGAUCCCAUCACAGGGGAGAUGGGACCAGUGAUCGGAGCUCAGAUCAACCCUUGGACCAAGGCUGUCCUUCCUGUAGUCCAAUCCCAUGGAUGCUUGCCGAGAGAAAACAUAGACCCCGAUUUGUUAGCUGCCCUGGUCAAGGAGCUGAUGGCCAGGCGGGCUUAUUGGCGGUCCCAACGAGAGAAAGAACAGGAGAUACUUAAGGAGGUGGAUCACCUGUCUCAGGAUAUCCUCGAUGCUGCCAAGGAAGGGAAAAUUGGAAAGUCCUGGUUUAGGGAGAAAUUAAAAUCGGCUGACAAAAUUUGCCACCUCCUAGAAUCGUCUUCAGUCCAAGAAAGUCAAAGGCAGGUCGGCCGAGACCUGACAACAUUGGGAGACCCUGAACGAACUUUAUGGUCGAGAGUUAACAAGGACGAAAAAGACCAGGAGGCCAAAGUCCAGCUUUUGCUCAGGAAAACUUUGGAAAAAUUGGUGCAGUUCGUUCGGAAAACGCAGCUGGAAGAUCAUCGGAUCGAGAUGCAGCUAAAGGAAGCCGAGCGACAUUGGAGCAGGAAUUUCUGCACCCGGGAAGCCAUCAGAGAGAAAUUCAGAAAGACCAAAGUGCAUUUCUUGACAGAAUUCCAGCAACAUGUCGCAACCCAGCAGACCAAAGUGGAGACUGAAUAUUGCAGAUUGGAAUAUCUGCGACUCUUGUCAGACAUUGUGGCCUUCCAGACAAAGGACCGUCUCUCUGGAUCUUCUCAAAGCUUCAUGAGCUACCCGGCUGCAAGGUUCUACAGCAUGGCGGCGACUCCCUGUGGAAGUUGGGAGGUCAUCAAUAAAAAAUUGAUCCCCUUGCUAAAAUCGGUGCUCCAGACCUUGGAGGAGAACAAAAGAGGUUCUUUGUCUCCUGAGGAACAUCAGGAAACAGGAGAAACUCACAAUUCUUUCCAGGAUGUAUUGGAUCUUCAAAUGCUGCAGAAAUCUGGAGAACUUGUCCCUGUUCUUGUUUCAAGCCUUUCUGCGAGAGAAUUUGUAACCUACCAGUACGGCAUUGUCAUUCUGCAAUUUCUCCGACCUUAUAUCGGUGCUCCAGAGGUGGAAUUGUGUCUUGCCUCCAGAAUUCCUUCUAGCAAAGUUCCUGGGAAUGCUUUCAGAAACACCUUUUAUUACCAGAUUCCUGGCCAUCAACUGUUUGUCUUAAGAGAAUCCCUGGCCUGUGCCGGGAGCUUUGUCCUGCUUCUUGUCCACUGCUUGGCCCACAUCACUGCCAAUGACUUCAACCAAGAUUCCAAGCCAGCUUUUCGAAGGCUGUUUUACCAGGCCCUUAAAGCCUGCCUGGGGGAAAUGUUCUCACUGAGGCUCCAGGCAUCAGCAUUUUCAGAAGAGGGUAAAUCUGCGGCCACUGUGGUCAAGCAGGCAUUGCAGAAGAGCGAGGAGGCAUGUGCUGAGCUUCUCUCGGAGCCCCUGCGUGCCAAGGUGAAGGGCUGCACGGACUCCCAAAAGGAUGUCAGCAGAGCGACGGAGAAGGACCAAAUGGAGGUCCUGUUCCUGGAAGACCAAUGGUUGAGCCAGGAAAUAGAGAGGCUUCACAGGAAGCUUCAGAAGGACCAACGGCCUGAGUGAAUUUUGGAAGCUCUGGUAGAAGUCACUAAGGCAGAAGAAUGGAAGGACCAUGGAUGACCAACUUCGGCCCUUUUCCUGCAUUCCCGGAGCACAACCAUUGGAAAAUAAAUGGUCAGAAGGAACCUGAAAGGAGGAGGAAGACUGGGGUUGUCUGAAUUAUUAAUCCACGUGGAAUAUUAUUACAUCGUUGCUCACAAGUGUGAUGAUCGUAUGUUAGGGUUGCGUGAACUAUGAAAGGCAGCAUUAUAACCAGCGUCUCAGGUCUCUCUGGGAGAU